GGGCGGCGGGCGCAGGCCCCGGCGGCGGCGGCGGCGGCGGCGGCGGCGGCGCGAUGUUCGUGCAGGAGGAGAAGAUCUUCGCGGGCAAGGUUCUGCGGCUGCACGUCUGCGCGUCCGACGGCGCCGAGUGGCUGGAGGAGGCGACCGAGGACACCUCGGUGGAGAAGCUCAAGGAGCGCUGCCUUAAGCACUGCACUCGUGGGAGCUUAGAAGACCCCAAGAGUGUGACCCAUCGCAAAUUGAUGCACGCCGCUUCGGAGAGGGUGCUGAGUGACACCAGGACCCUCCUGGAGGAAAACGUCCAGGACGGAGAUGUCUUAUUGCUGAUCAAAAAGCGUGCUCCAGCCCCGCUGCCCAAGAUGGCUGAUGUCUCAGCAGAAGAAAAGAAAAAACAAGAGCAGAAAGCCCCGGAUAGAGAUGCUAUCUUCCGAGCCACCGCCAACCUGCCCUCCUACGACAUGGACCGGGCCGUGGUGCAGACCAACAUGAGAGACUUCCAGACGGAGCUCCGGAAAAUCUUGGUGUCUCUCAUCGAGGUGGCACAGAAGUUGCUGGCGCUGAACCCGGACGCGGUGGAAUUAUUUAAGAAGGCAAACGCCAUGCUGGACGAGGACGAGGACAGCCGUGUGGACGAGGCGGCCCUGCGGCAGCUCACAGAGAUGGGCUUUCCCGAGAGCAGAGCCGUGAAGGCCCUGCGGCUGAACCACAUGUCGGUGCCCCAGGCCAUGGAGUGGCUGAUUGAGCACGCGGAAGACCCCACCAUAGACACGCCGCUUCCAGGCCCAGCCUUGCAGGGAGAGGCGGGUGCCGAGGCCGCCCCCGCUGCUGCCGCCGGGACCAGUGCGGAGGGUGAGGAGGCCGGAGAUGAGCUGACGGAGAUCUUCAAGAAGAUCCGGAGGAAAAGGGAGUUCCGCGCAGACGCCCGGGCCGUCGUCUCCCUGAUGGAGAUGGGAUUCGAUGAGAAGGAAGUGAUAGACGCCCUCAGAGUGAACAACAACCAGCAGAACGCCGCCUGCGAGUGGCUGCUGGGAGACCGCAGGCCCUCUCCUGAGGAGCUGGACAAGGGCAUCGACCCCGACAGCCCUCUGUUUCAGGCCAUCCUGGAUAACCCCGUGGUGCAGCUGGGCCUGACCAACCCUAAAACCUUACUAGCAUUUGAAGACAUGCUCGAGAGCCCGCUGAACAGCACCCAGUGGAUGAACGACCCCGAGACGGGCCCAGUCAUGCUGCAGAUCUCCCGCAUCUUCCAGACCCUGAACCGCACGUAGGCUGCGU